AUUACUAAUGUGAUAUUUUAUAAGAGCGGCGCAGCAUAUGAUUAUUGAUCUCCCUGUAUAGGGAAUUAAAAAUAAGAUCGCAGCGCCGCGGUGGACAAAUUGUAAAGCUCUGCAAGAUAUGUAAACUUUGCUAAUCUUUGCUGUUUUGUAUAUAUAAAGUGUGUAUGUUUUGAAUUUUUUGAAGUAAUUAUAUACGAGUGGAUCACGAAAUAGCUUAUUUGAAGUAAAUUGAUACAAGCGCAACUUCUGCCGUUCCGCGUAAGUAAUGCAUAAGUUCAAUAAUCUAACCUGACGUAAAAUAUUAACUUUCUAGGUUAUGGAGAACAGAUUCUCGAUAUGUGACUAUCUACUGUAUAUAAAAGGGACAGAUAAUUCUAGAGUGGUGUAUGAAGGGGAACAUGUUCUUAAUGCAGGACACAUCAUACUGUGUGGAGUAACAAACAAGGAGGAAAAUCGUCUAACGUUGUAUGCACUUUGUUUACAAACGAGUGCCUUACAAAGUGCACCACAUAAAAUCGAAGGGACUUUAGUGCAUGAUGACGAAAAGUGGGUUGUAGAAAAGUUUGCAUGUUCUUGUAAAGCUGGGCAAAGUGGUCGAUGCAAGCAUAUUUCAGCAGUUUUGCUACAAUGUUCAAGGACUUCCCUCGAUAAACUUGAAGCAGUUUCGCAAACUGAUAUUAAAUGCACAUGGUCUGCUCAGAAAGGCAAAACACAAGAUAAAUAUAGAGCAAUUCCUGUUAAAGAAAUGCCGUGCAUAAAGCAAAGUGAUGGUAUGAAAUUGGACGAGGCAAUUUUAAUGGGCAUACACGAUAAUUUGGUGUCUAAAUUGCCAAAUUCAGCAUUGGCAUUACACAAGUGAGCAAUUUAAUGUUACAAUGUAUAUUAUGUUAAUGAACUUUGUAGGGCAGGACGACGUUGCACAAACCUUUCCACCUUUGAGAAUGAAGAAGUGUUUACUCCAUAUGAUGAGCAUUUUAAAUCACGCAACGCAAUCAAUUUUAAUGAUGGAAUUGUAUCAUUUUCAUGUAAAUUUCAUAGGUUCUUGUUGUAAAGAAUUGUUCGAUAAACACUUAUUGAAAGAUAUUGACGAAAUAUUGCUUAAAACUAAACAGUCAAAAGAAUUUUGGAAUAUUGAAAGAAAAUUUAGGGUUACAGGUUCACGAAUUUAUGAACUAUAUACGUAUAAAUCAGAUGAUUGGCAAAAAAAAGCAAAUCGUUAUUUUAAUCCAAUAAGUUUCAUGAAUAAAUUUACUAAGCAUGGCAUUGAGCAAAAACCAGUUGCCCGACAGAUUUUUAUGGAUGCUACGGGCUUGAAAGUUGUAGAAUGUGGAUUGGUUGUUUCUCACUUUAAUUCCUGGCUUGGUUAUUCACCUGAUGGAAUAAUUGUUGACCAAGACGGUAAUCCAAAAGAAUUAAUCGAAAUUAAAUGCCCAUUUGCAGGUGCUACAGAGACCAUAGGAAGUGUGGUACCUAAAUUAAAAUACUUGCAACUUGAAGACAAUAUUUAUGAAUUAAAAAAAAAACACAAAUAUUUUGCACAAGUGCAACUUGGGAUGGCGAUGCUAAAUGUAUUUAAUUGCAAAUUUAUUAUUUAUUGUUCUUUUGAUAAAAGCAUGUUAAUUCUAGAUGUACCAUAUAAUUACGAUUUUUCAAAAACUUUAUUGUUUAAUGUUAAAGGAAAGUAUUUUAAAAAAAUGUUACAUGUAAUGUGUAAUACAUAAAUUGUUAUAAAAAUAUUAUUUUAAAAAUUUAUCCUCUGCUAAAAUUGGUGCUGACAAAUUAGUAAUUGCACAAAUAAUUAUUAUAAUGUCAUCAAUGUAGUGUACAAGAUUCCACUGAAGUUUCCCUCCUAGAAUUUUAAAAAUUUUGAGGCGUUGAUUAGUGCGUUCAAUGUGCACUCUGGCAGAUGCUAUUUCUUUAGUGAACAUUGCUUCUCCUUCGUCAAAUUGUGCUUUACCUCGAAGAAAUGGUGGACGAUACAGCUUAAUCUCAUACAUUUUGCAAAUGUCUUCAAUUAAAAAUCCCUUGUCAACCAUAACUGCAGAACCUUUUUCUAAUUUUUUGAUUAAUUCACU